UGCUACGCAGACGUGUUUCGCGGGGAGCGAAUUCGGCGUCGGUACCGAAGUCCUCCCUCCUCAGGGUCUGGCUGCGGCUGCAGCGCAUGGCGGCUCCAGGACAUCCUGCUCGGGAGACAUCGGCAGCCCCAGGGCACCCUACGUGCAGUGACGCUGCCUCCAGGGCCAAGAAGCAAAAGAAGAAGAAGAAAACCCGGAAUGGGGCCUCUGCAGCGAAUGGAGGCGGGAAGGCCACAGAAACGCCGGCCCCAGAAGAAGCCCCCCUAAGUGCGGAGGCCCAGGCGGAACAGCUGGCCCGGGAACUGGCCUGGUGCGUGGAAAAGCUGGAGCUGGGGCUGAAGAUGCAGAGACCCACCCCUAAGCAGAAGGAGCAAGCUCUUGGGGCAAUCCGAACCCUGCGGAGCCAAAGAACCCCCCUGCCCCGGAAGAGGCAGCUGAUGCGCUCCUUGUUCGGGGACUACAGGGCUCAGAUGGAAGCCGAGUGGUGCGUGGCCCUGCGGGCUCUCAGGACUGCUGCCCACUCAGUCCAGGUGCAGCCUGUAGGUGAGGCCGCCAGAAAGAAGAGCCGAAGGGUCUGCAGGCCUCGUCUAACAGGGAGAGCCAAGGACACCCUAGACACUCCUGAUGAAGAGUUUAGAGGCACAGCACUGACUCCUGGCUGCAGCACCAAGAGCCUUUCAUCCACACGGCUGUUAGUGCUGGACGGUCUCCUGCAGAGGCGGGCGGUGGCUCAUUUUCACCAUGGGGACAAGGACACUGGCAGCAGAAGUUCUGGGAAGUACUCCUGGAGCACAGGCUCCGGACGCGCAAGCCCAGCGGCCAUGGCUCAUGGGCCCAGCUGCUCCACGGCAUGUGGGAUCUUCCCAGACUGAGGCACGAACCCGUGUCCCCUGCAUCGGCAGGCAGACUCUUAACCACUGUGCCACCAGGGGAGCCCUACAUAGACAUUAUUGAUUCAACUUUUAGUCCUUCUCCACUCCCCAGGGGUGGGGAGUUUUAACCCUCUAAUCACAUGCUUAGUUCUGCCGGCCAGCCUCCAUCUUUGGUCGGAAUUUGAAAGUCACCUUCCCUGAAGUGUUUUCAGGAGCUGAGGACAAGAGACCAAAUAGCCUAUCGCCAUUGUUCCUCAGGGAAUUCCAUGGAUGAAGACCAAAUACAUGUGAGAAAUACAUAUUUUGAUCAUUUGAAUGAAGCACACAUGUAUGUGUAUAUAUAU